AUGGCCGCCCACCCGCGAUCUACGUCUCCGCCUCCCUCCGCGCACUACGCCUACUAUGACCAGCCAUCGUCCUCACGCCGUCGACACCUGCCUCCGCCGGCCAGCAACGUCACGCCGUCAUCACGUUCGUCAUCGGAGGAAAUGGAUCCAGCUGAAAUCCUCGCCGCCGUGCAAGAGUUAGAGGAGGAGGGAGAUUAUGAUGGCGAUGAUUACGGCGAGGACAACGAAACCUCGUCACGGAAUAUGGAUGAACCUCGUGAGGAGAACUACAUGAGUUUGGAUGAAUCUUAUAGUGGCAAUCGACAUGGCGAUGAUGAUGAUGAUAUGGAUAUAGAUGAUUCAUUUGCUGAAAGUGCACUCCGGAUGGACGAGGACGGGGACUUUGUGAGGAAUAUUGUGGACGAUGAAAGUGACAAAUCGCACGUUGAUGCAUCUCAUGAUGACAGCUCCAGCAAAGGAGAUGUAGAUGGUACAAGCGGGAAUGAUGAGCAUGUUGGUGAUGAUCUGUUUAAUUUUGACAUCGGAUUUGAUGAAUAUCAGCAAGAAUCAUUGGACAUGCAUUGGAAGGUCAUGAGGAAGACGUUCAAGUCACUAAGAGAUGCUUACAAUUUCUAUAAUCAGUAUGCGUACGAGCGUGGUUUCAGUGUAAGAAAGGACUCACUGAAAUAUUCAAAAGGUCCUGAGGCAACUAAGCGCUUGAGAAAGUAUCACUGUGUAUGUUAUGUGUGUGCGAGAGCUGGGAAACGACAGGCAAAACGUUGUACAAUGGAAGGCAGGACCCGCAGGCUGAGAGGGGAGACUCGUUGCUUCUGCGAUGCGCAUAUAACUUUGAAACUUGAUAAAGAGCGUGACGUUUGGUAUGUCAGCAGUUUCAAUGAUGAUCACAGUCACGUUCUAGCUAGACCGGAUGAAGUCACGUUUCUUCGGUCUCACAGUCAGAUAAAAGAAUAUCAGAAGGCUGAGAUCUUAACCAUGGCAGGUGCUGGAAUCAGGAAACAUAUGAUUUAUGAUCAACUUGUCAGUAGGUUCGGGUCAUAUGCAAAGGCUGGUUUUGGGAGGAAGAAGCUUUAUAACAUGUGUUAUAGAGAAAAAAUGAAGUUGCUUGCACAAGGUGAUGCAGACACUGCCAUUGGGAUCAUGAUGACCAGAAAAGAGAGAGAUCCAGAUUUCUUCUUUGAGCACACCGUCGAUGCUGUUGGACAGUGCCGUCGGUCCUGUCUGACGUCAGACUGGCCGGCGCACUUGUGGGCAAUUUUUUUUGUAGAAAAGGAAAUUAAGAACGUCGGUGUUAUAAUAAGCGACGGCGACAAGUAA